AUGGAAACCCAAGAUAGAGAUUGGGAAGGCCAGAUAUCUGGCUUCUACCGCGUGGAUACGCGCUACAAUCUCCAGCCUCCCGCGGACGAAUUCCAUCGCCUCAGCGAAGCUGUCAGAGUCUACCUUGAAUCCAUCGGAGAGUCGAUCGACGAAGUGCUAGCGCGCCCCUUAAUCACGGCACCCGACGUGCCCGACGAUCUCCCUCUUACCCACUACUUCAUAUCAUCCUCGCACAAUACCUACCUCCUAUCUCGCCAGCUCGUCGGGCGGUCCUCUGCGGCGUGCUACGCCCACGUCCUCGAGCGCGGUGGCCGCUGCGUCGAGAUCGAUGUCUGGUGGAGCAACGAGAAGGGGCUGGUCGUAAACCAUGGCUACACGCUGAGCAAGGGCGUCGCGUUCCAUAGCGUCUGCGAGGUUAUCGGGGACCAUGUCAGGGAGAACGACUGGCCCGUGCUUGUGAGCUUGGAGUGCCACGUACCGCUCGACCACCAGAACGAGCUGGUGGAGACGAUGAAGCGGAUUUGGGGCGAUAAGCUAGUCCAACGCAAGCUAGAGCACGUCGACGACGACGAGGUUCGCCCGAAGGACCUCAAGGGGAGGAUCGUCCUGAUGGUGGAAUACUACCCACCAAAAACCCAAGACGACGACAGCGACUCCAGCUCGUCGUCCUCCAGCUCGUCAUCCGAUGAAGACGACAGUGCCGAGGCCCAGCAACGCAAGGCCCUCCAGCACGCGCGCAUCUCUGAGCCUCUGGCCGAGCUCGGCUUCUAUGCGCGCAGCAUGAAGCCUAGGAAGGGCUGGCUCAUGCAAGGUGGGCAUCAAAAACAUCUCUUCCCUUUCAUGCACGAGCCUGACACCAUCACCCCAGAACUCACCACCCCUAAACACAUCCUCAUCAACAUCUCCGAGUCCGGGCUGUCUUCCCUCCUCCCCGCGUCUCUCACGCCCCUCAUCGCCCACGGCCUUCGCCACCUCCGCCGCAUCUUUCCCCGCGGCACGCGCAUCGGGUCCAGCAACCCCAAUCCACUCACCUUCUGGCGCGCCGGAUCCCAAGUCGUCUCCCUCAACUGGCAGACCUACGACACGCCGAUGCAGGUGAACGAGGCGAUGUUUGUCGGUACACCUGGCUGGGUCGCGAAGCCGGAGAAGCUGCGGGUGGUGGAGGGGGAGGAGGGCCUGAUGCAUAAGUUCAAGAAUCUACUGCAUCAUCAUGGGAGGCGUAGGGGCGGGAGGAAGAAGUUGAGCGCAGAGAUCUAUGGCGUCAGUGCCCUACCCCCGCCGGACGAUAGGAAAGGCAAGAGCUUCCACACCUACGUCCGCGCGGACCUGUUCCACUCGGAGAAGGAUCAGUCGUGGAAGAGCAAGUCCAUCGAGGUGACCGACACGCCCGACCAGGGCUCCGACGUCGUCUGGAACGAGAAGUUCGAGUGGGAAUUCGAAGAUGAUGAGCUGGCAUUCAUUCGGCUACGGAUACAGGAAGACGAAUUUGGCCGGGACGACAAGCUUGUCGUGUUCUGCGCUCGGCUGGAAUAUAUCCAGCCGGGUUGGCGACUUGUUCGGCUGAUGAACUUGGCUGGGAAGUUUUCUGGCGCGACGUUGCUGGUGCGGUUUGUGAUAUCGGACGCUGAAUGA